GACUAACCUUUCGGUUUAAACAAAUGUUUACUGAGAAUCCAAAGAGUGUAUCGUUUGAUACUCCUAAUCUUGUCUACUUUGAGUAUUCUGAUGCUAUUGCAGAUACCUAUCCAAAAGUGAACUUUGCUUCGCUUGUUGAAGCUAGUCUUGAUCUUCGAAUGACUCAUGAGCAGAUCUCUAAAGCUAAAUUUUCAGAGGAUGAUCUACUUAAAGAGGAAGAGGGAACUAUGGUUGGGAAUGCAACGGUUCUUCUUAUGGGAAUAUGCAAUGUUAAGAAGCUUUACUUAUCUGACAACACUCUUGAGGUUCUGGCUUUCUGCUGCAAACCAAUGCCGGUUUACAACAACCUGAUUCAUCUAACUAUUAAGACUGACCGAGAUGUAGAAUGGGAAUCAUUGACUGCACUUCUCAAGAAUUGUCAAAAUCUAGAAACCCUUGUCUUUGAGGGACUUCUCCACAGAGAUGGAAUGAGUUGUGGAAGUGGAGAGUGCCUAUGCAAACCCUGGGAGGAGGAAGACGUUCCUAGUUGCUUAUCAUCAAGUCCUGUGAAGAUCCUUGAGAUAAAGAAGUUUGGAGAUAUCGGUGAAGACGAGGACAUGGAUAAAAUGAUGGAGCAAGUUGAGUACUUCCUUGAGACUAUGCCUAAUCUUGAACAACUCAUAAUACACUAUGAGACGGAUAUUGAUGAAGAUGUGGAGGAAGUUUUAAGGCAGUUUCAGAUGGUUUCUAGAGAAGGUUUAAGCAGGUGCAAGAUUCAAGUCAUUUCUGAUAACCUCAACUUGUCAUCUACUUAAAGCAUCUCUUAAGUUCUUUUGGUUUCAUUCAUGCCUUUUUCUACCAUCUCAAAGGCAUGAGUGUGUCUCUGCUUUAUGUUUGUAGUACAGUGAAACCUCUAUAAAUUAAUAAUGUUGGGAUUACACCAA